UACUGCUGAUAAUUUGGAUAGUCUAUUUAAUGAGCUGGAACCUAGAAACGCUACCUAUCUUGAAAAACGAGACAAGACAGGUGAUAUAACAUUCUACGAUGUAGGCCUUGGUGCAUGCGGUAGUCGCAAUACAAAUAGUGAUUUGAUUUGUGCACUAUCUUCUAUACUAUUCGGCAAUUCACCAGGCGGCAAUCCAAACAAAAAUAAAAACUGCGGUAGGAAGGUUCAAGUUUCUUGCGGUUCGGAAUCAGUCACGGUUACGGUUGUGGAUCGAUGUGCAGGAUGUAAAACAAAUGAUGUUGACUUAAGUCCUGCUGCUUUUAAUAAACUACUUGAUCCUUCG